AUGUCAGGUUCAUUCUGGAAAUUUGGCCAGGAUUACUCUUCCGAGUCAUCUGUCUCUAGGAUUCUAAAUAGAGCCUUUAUAAAGAUUCAUAAAGAUGGUGAUGAUAAUGAGUCCAUUACUAGUCAACAGGUGACGAAAGCAACUAGUGAGACUGGUAGUAAUGUUUACUCCGAAAGUUCUGAUAUUGAUCUUGAACAGGAUAGCGAGAAAGAGAAUGAUACUACUAUUGUGAAGUUACCUGAUCAAGAGGAAGAAUAUGAAAAUUAUAAACCCAACUUAGACGUUAUCGAUGAAUUAUUGGAUGACGAAGAAAUGUAUACGGAGCUGAUGUGUUCAAAUUUUCAACUGUUAAUAUAUUUGAAAUACCCUCAGGUAUUGGAUAAACUGAUAGAUUAUGUCAUUACAGAACAUAAAAGAAGCCAGACAAACAUGUCAUCGACUAGCGAUGAUAGUAAUGAUGACAAUAAUAACAAUGAUAAAAAGACAGAAGUGUUCAAAACAGAUGAGCAGCAAAAACAAGAAGAAGAAGACGAACGAGAAAAUGGGGAAGAAACUGAAGAGGAUGCUGUUAUCAGAAGGGCAAACAUGGCUGCAGAAAUUUUGUCUGCUGACGUAUGGCAAAUAUCUACUGCCCUUACUGAAAGAUCAGAAAUAUUAGAUAAGCUAUGGUCUGUUGUAAAGAAAGAUGAACCAAUAUCUACUGAUAUAUCGACUUAUUUCAUGAAAAUCAAUGAACGUUUAUUGGACACAGAUAUGACUUCGAUGAUCAAUUUCAUUAAAAACCAACAAAUUUUAGUCGACAAAUGUCUGUUACAUAUCGCCAAUCCUCCUUUGAUGGACUUCUUACUAAAACUUAUAUCGACGGAUAAACCAGAUGAGCCAAAUGGCGUAUUACAUAAGUUGAAACAAGAAGAAUUUAUACCGAAAUUGUUAAAAAAAUUAGGACCUGAAUGUGAUGCAACUACACAAUGUGCAGCAGCAGAUUUUCUAAAAGCGUUUAUUGCUAUCAGUGGAAAUUGUAUAGAUGAAGUUGCUUCUGGUAUUGGUCCAAAUGAACUAACCAGGGAGCUUGCGUCACACAAAGUAAUGAGUGAAUUGAUUGCUAAUAUGUUAAAAGGUGGAACAUGCUUGAGUAACGGUGUUGGAAUCAUAAUUGAAUUAAUCAGAAAAAAUAAUUCUGACUAUGAUUAUGUUCAAGUUAUGCAUACAACGUUGGAAACACAUCCACCUAAUGAUCGUGAUCCUAUAUAUCUAGGUCAUAUGCUAAAACUUUUUGCUGAAAACAUACACGCAUUCAACGACAUAUUAGUAGAAACAACAACGCCCAUAUUAGAUACCUCCUUUGGAAGAAUUGAACCUGUAGGUUUUGAAAGAUUUAAGAUCUGUGAAUUGGUCGCGGAAUUAUUACAUUGUUCGAAUAUGAGCUUGCUAAAUGAAAAGAAGGCUCCACAAAUCAUAGAGGAGCGUGAUCACGCAAGAGAAAUCUUAUUAAAGAAACAAUUGGAAGAGGCAGCUUCACCAGACGGUGAAGAAAUGACUUCCCAACUCAACUCGUUGCAACUCAACAGUAGCCAACCAAUGGACCAAGAUGACGUCACACAGGAAACUAUCGAAGAAUCUGAUGUUAUUGACGAUUCAGAUGAGGCUAUGAAAGACUUAAGGGAAACUCCUGUCGUUGGUGACAGGUUGAAAAUUGCAUUAUCCGAUACACAAAUUAUUACUACCAUUCUUGAGAUGUUAUUCCAUUUUAAAUGGAAUAAUUUCUUACAUAAUGUCGUAUUUGAUAUCAUUCAACAGGUAUUUAAUGGUCCACUAAAAAUAUCAUUCAACAAAUUCUUAAUAAGAGACUUAUUGGUCAACGCGGAGAUUACAAAAUUAAUCAUAAAUGGUGAUCUUGAUAGUAAUACACAAGAAGAAGAGAACCACCUCAGAUUGGGUUAUAUGGGUCACCUAACAUUAGUUGCCGAGGAAAUAGUAAAAUUUUCGAUAUAUCUCGAUGAGUUAAAAUUAACGUUUGUGACUCCUGUCAUUGCCGAAUCUCUUGCAGAUGAACAAUGGAAAGAAUAUGUGAAUACCACUUUAAUGACUACAAGAGAAAAAUAUGAUAUGGUCUUAGGUGAGGUGGUUGAUGAAAAUGGUGAAAUCAUUAACGAUAUGGAUAACGUCGAUGAAAAUGAAUAUGACCAACCUGACGAAAAUCUUGAUGAACAUAUUGAAAACGAAAAUGCUGGGAACCUAGAUGAAAAUAUAAAUAAUGAUGAAGAACACGAUGAUAUAGACAUAGAGGCAGAUGAUUCGUUCGAAGAUAUGUAUGAAGCUGAAGAAGAAGAUAAAAAAUUAGACGAUGUUACAGGUGAUAAUGAGGAUAGUCGCUUUGACAAGUACAUGUCUGAUGAACUUGGGCGUACAACUAGUACAGGUAGUGCUAAAAGAACUAAAGAAGAUCAUGGGCCUGAAUACCUCGAUGUAGAAACCAACAACAACAAUGUCGAUGGCAACAAAUCAGACUCAAAAUCGUUUUUAAUAAAUGGACUACGGAAACGUUCUCAUCCAGCGUCUCCAGAAUUACAUGACGAAGAUAUAUUCCAACAACAAUACAACCCAGCAUAUAGAAAGAGUAAUAGCGAUGACGAGGAUUAUGACCACAGUGGAAAUUCUAGCAAUAGCAGUAGUGAUAGUAACAAUAGCAGUGCUAGCAGUAGUAGUGAUAGUUCUAACAGUAAUAACAAUAGUGGUAACAACAGUACCAACAAUAGCGAUAACGAGGAAGAAACUGUGGAAUCUAAAAAUAAUGAUUUACACCGUGUAGCAAACGUUGCUUAUUCGCAAGUAUUGUCUCCAUUCGAAGAUGACGAACUCAGCGACGACAGCGAUGCCGAACUCGAAGAAAACCUUGAUGAUGAAUACGCGUACAACAGCAACGAUGAAGACGAUGACGAAGACGAAGACGUUAAUGAUGACUACGAGGCAUAUUCCUUAUGCCGGUCUACAAGUAAAGAGAAUGUAUUAUGGAACGAUGAUGAUUCCACGAAAGCCUCUGAAAGGCGAUGA